AUGGAGCCCUCGCCGGCGGGGCCGUCUGGGGCCUGCUCGUCGUCUUCUCCCGCGGCUUCGGCCGGCGCCUCUGCGUCGGCGACGCCCUCCGCCUCGGCCUCGUCCCCCGUCGUGCUCGCCGCCGCGGUCGCUGCGGCGGCAAGCGGCGGAGUGACGGGCGCGACGAUUGGGCCCUACCGGCUCGGCUCGACGCUCGGCGUCGGGACCUUCGGAAAAGUUAAACUGGGCUACCACAACGUGACGGGCCAGAAGGUGGCGGUGAAGAUCAUCAACAAAGCCAAGAUGGAAAUGAUGGACAUGUACGAGAAGAUCCGCAGAGAAAUCAGCAUUCUGCAGUGUUUGCACCACCCCCACGUGAUUCGGCUCUACGAGCUCAUCGACACGCCGACAGACAUCUUCAUGGUCAUGGAGUACGUGCAAGGUGGCGAGCUCUUUGAUCACAUCGUGCAGAAGUCCCGGCUCCCCGAGUACGAGGCGCGCCGGUUUUUUCAGCAGAUCGUCUCUGGUGUGGACUACUGCCACCGGCACAUGAUUUGCCACCGGGACUUAAAGCCGGAGAACGUGUUGCUCGACACAAACAUGAACGUGAAGGUGGGCGACUUUGGCUUGUCCAACUUCAUGCGCGACGGCGAGUUCCUGAAGACUUCGUGUGGAUCGCCGAACUACGCGUCGCCCGAGGUUGUCUCUGGGAAGGCGUACGCAGGGCCGGAAGUCGACGUCUGGAGCUGUGGCGUCAUUCUCUACGCCCUCCUCUGCGGCUCGCUGCCCUUUGACGACGAGCACGUCCCGAAUCUCUUCAAAAAAAUCAAACACGGCAACUUCAUCUUGCCGGGGCAUCUGUCGGAGGCGAGUCGCAACCUGAUUGUGCGCAUGCUCGUCGUCGAUCCGGCGAAACGCAUUUCGCUGAGUGAAAUUCGCCAGCAUCCGUGGUUCACGCAGAACCUGCCGGCGUACCUGCAGAGCUGCUACAUGGGAAACCCGCUCCUGACGCGCGUAGACCCGCUCAUCGUCAUGCAAAUGAAGAAGCUGGGCUACGAUGUCGACGAGAAGGACUUGAACAUCUUGACUGCCGUAGGCACGUUUCCCACGCGCGAGACCGUCGCCUAUCAACUGCUCGCGGAUCGCAGAGCCAAGCAGUCCUCCUUCUCAAAUAUGCUGCAAGCGUUUUGCAAGGACUCGCCGCCGGUCUUCGCACCUGAGUUUCAGCGCCUUGCCGCGUCGAUAUCCUCCUCAGAGCCGCCAGUCUCCUUUCCGUCCUUCGCCAGCACAGGGGCCGGCUCUUCGGGUGCUCACCCGUUUUUUUCGAGUCCGCAGAACUACUACGCGCCCUCGGCUCGCUCGAGUUCGGGCACUUUGGCGACGGCGGGCACCAGUUCGCCGCCUCUGCAAGGCUCUGCCGCAAACGGCGGCUGCGCGAUGAACAACGAAUCGCUCUCGCCAGGGCCCGGCACCCGCGCGCAGGGCGUCUCGACGCCUCGCUGGAAACUCGGCGUCGAGGCGGCGUUCGAUGCGCCAGUCUUGAUCACCGCGAUCGUUAACACGUUGAAGGCCUGCGACUACGAGUGGCUGCUGCUGUCACCGUACCAAGUCCGCUGCAGGCCGAUUCGGAGGCCUUCGUCGGCCUCGCUGAACGCGUCGCCCUCUCUGCGUCCGUACGAUGCCGUUUCGCCGCUGUCCACCGUCGCUGCGCGCGAGAGUCAGCUGCCGAAAGAGCGGCGGGGCGAGGGCGAGAGACGCGACCCAGAGCCCGACGACGAAGCGGCCACCGGGCUCGCCUCAACGGCUCCUGACAACAUUCUCCUCACGAUUCAACUUUUCAAAAUCGCCUCCAGUCGCUACAUUGUCGACGUCCAGCUCUUCGAUGGAGCCACGAUGCCGGGGAUGUCUGAAGCGUUGUGGAUUACGUCGGCGAUUUACUCGGCCUUGACGCAGCUGCAGCAGCAGCAGCAGCACCGAAUGAACUCUCCUCCGGCGGGCGGCAGCAACGCGUCCGCGUCUUCGUCGCCGCCUCCACCCGGGUCGGGCGCCUCUUCGCCGCCAUCCUCUUACUCGUCCGCAGCUCCGCGUCCAACGGGCUCUUUGCACCACCGCGGAGGGCGAGCGUGCGCGGGCGACGGCCGCGGAGAAGGGACAGACGCGGGCGACACCCGCGAGUCGCUGGGCGGCGUCCGAGCCUCGCCUGGCGACACUGCGCGAAGCCUGCGGGCGGAGGCUGGCCAUGAGUUCAGGGAACCGAAGCGAGAAGAGGUCGAAGCCGCGACUGGGGCAGCUGACGGCGGCGGAGGCGCAGGGCGGCGAAGAGAAGACGGCGGGAUCCCGUACGGGGCCGAAGGCAGCACUCAGCCGGCGCGAGAGAGCCCAGCAGUGAGGGAUGGAAGGCGAGAUUUGAGAAGCAGGUUUGGCGGGGAGGACGCAAGGAUUCGAGAAGAACGCAGAGUCCCGUGUGCGAGAGAGGAAGCGAGGAAGGACAGUGUUCGAGAGAGUGGAACGCGCGCGCUGACCACUGCGGAUCUACACAGAGAGGCCGCGUGGGCUCACGGAUCGCCUGUUGUCAUCGCCGCAGCGGAAGGGGGAGGGGGCGAUGGGCGCUGA